GAUCUACGACUUGAUCAACAAGUGACAAUAACACCGGAUCUGAAAGAUGGCGAUACUUUACGAUAUUUUAUCAGAGCUUAUGAUAUUUUAUCUCAAUACAAGGAAGAAUCGUUGACUGUCCAUUUUGAUAAUUCUCCACCUGUUAUUGAAAAUCUAUGGUUAACAAAAGGUGAUGAGGUUAAUCUAGCAGUUCAUGGUUUUGAGGAACUUGAUAAAAUGGUCAUAGAAUGGAUAGCCUAUGAUGAUCAUAGUGGAAUAGAAACGGUAUAAUGGAAGAUAUUGGAUCAUUUAACUGAAGUAGAACAUGGAUCUCAUCGUAUUCCACCGCAAGGCGAAACAACGAACAUUAGAGAAUGCCAAAGUAAAUAUUCUAAUAAUGCCAGAGGAGCCAAUUGUUAUUGCAUUCCUACUAGCACAUGUUAUCAUCGCCAUUUUCAAAUAAAACCACCUACUACUGCUACACCAGGAGAAGGCAUCUUAAACAAUAAAAAUACUGGUACGCAUGAUGAUGAUUAUCGUAUCGUGGUUACUGUGAUGAACCAAGCUAAAUUAAAAACAACUCUAACUAAACAGAUUACAGUUGAUACUAGUUCACCGCACCAAGGGAUGGUGCAUGACGGUAAAUAUGAUACACCGGAAAUAGAUGUUCAGUCAGAUUUAGAACUAUUUGCACAUUGGGGAGGUUUCUUUGAUAGAGAGAGUGGAGUGAAAUUUUAUCUGUAUGGUUUUUCUACGUCUUGUUUGGGUGCCAAUAAAUUUCAACUGAAUCUUGCAAAUAGACAGGAUAUUCAACAGACUACAUCUACGCAUGCUUCUUGGACAGCACCGUCUGAUGGUAAAUAUUACAUCACCGUGGUAGCAUAUAACGGAGCUUUAGAAGUAUCUCUACCAGUUUGUUCUGAUGGAGUGGUUGUAGAUAGAACAAUUGGCAGGCCGGUUAUUGAUCCAAACAAAGAUACCAAAACCAGCAUAUCUGUAUCACGUGGAGAAACAGGUGUACUGUCAAUCCAUGUUUUAGCUUAUCCACUACCUGAAUUUACCUGGUAUUAUCAACUACAGGAUGGCAGUGAAAGACCGAUUAUAGAUGUUAGAUGUAACCAAACAGAUGAUGGGCUAUCAUCAACAUUAACUAUACAAAAUGUUACAGUUGAUGAUGGUAGAAAAUAUAUAGUUUAUGUUAAUAAUAGUCUUGGUACAAUUUCUAUUGUAUUUAACAUGGCUGUAUUAUUGUCUAGCGAUGAUGAUGUACAUGGUAGUAAUAAUACCCUGCUUGGUAUCGGUAUAGGUGUUGGUCUGGGUAUCAUCCUAUUCAUUUUGUUGGGGAUCAUCUUUAUGAGAACUGGGAGGAGAAUCUGCUUUCAAAAAAAAACAGGAAAUGAUCAGACAGUAUUUGAUGAUGCUAGAAAUCAACAAACAAAGUCAGAUAACAUCUCCUUAUCUGAAAUCCCACCUAUAUAUGAAAUAGUUGAUACUGAUGCUGUAAAUACAAGAGACCCAACUGAUCCCGAUCAUAUUAUCUCGGAGACAACGCCUUCGCCAUAUGAAGUACUGGAUAUACAAGCUACUAACUUACAACAUAACAUUUACCAAGAGCUCAAUGCGCCACCAGAAUCAACAUAUGAAGGGCUGGAUAAACAAACUACAGAUCAACAAUCAAACAUUUAUGAACAGCUGGACCUCUACGAAAAUGUAACAGGGACCAAAAUGAAGGGUAAAGAUAACGCAAAAUAAGAAAUAUGGGGAAUAGUUAACUGUGCCAUCUUAUAAUUAUUUUUAUGGGCUGCUGUUAAGGAAAACGUUGUUAGAAUAUGGACGUGCCAAUAGGGAUCUUUCGCAUCGGUACGAAAACGUACACGAACACAUUUUCAUUCAAGUUUUCGUAUCCUCUAACACGCGGUUUCGCAAUCCGAGUCCAAUAUAUCAACAAUAUACACAAGGCCUCGAAAAAUUAUGGAAAAUUCAAUAUAUGAGACAAGAAACAUUUUCAUUUAGAUACCUACGUAAAUCUAGCUCUACACGAGUAACGGUCUUCAAUGGCCCAACACUCAUAUGCUCACAAGUACACACGAAUCGAGGACGUUUUCGUUUUCGUAUUUGAUUUCGUAUCGAUGCGAAAGGCCCCUAAUGACACGCGCAUGACGAAACCCAGUACCUGCAUUUAAGGGAUAUUGUCAGGUUUUUACUGUUGUAGUUAACGAUUGCGUGUUUGUAUUAAAAAAUUUAAAAAAAACAGUCAACGUUUGAAUUAUCAAUAUAUCAUUAAUUUGUAAGUGUUCAGAAAGUGUUAACAUUUAGAUUAGAUUAAUGUGAUUCCUGUCCGUAAUUUUGAACAAUUUACUGGUAACAAAUAAAUACAUAGAAAUUUU